AGUUCUUUGAGAACCACUUUGGAAGAGCGCUUUUUUUAACCGGCACACUGCUACCUGCUCAACUUUUAAACAGAUUCGAUUGUUUUGGCACCUUUGAUGUCAGAAUCGGACGAAUGCAAGGAAACCCAGUCAAGGAAUCUGAGCACUACAAAACGAUGGUCCCGAUACAUCCACCAGUGGGAUCCUUUCUCAAGUGCUUCGUCUGCGUCUCGAAUGAGGGAAGGAUUUGGUCAGAAGUAAUACAGGGCUUCACCGAGGAGUCGGAUGAUCUGGAAAAGAACCUUGUUCACCUUCAAACGCUUCUGGAGAAAGCACACGUGAGGCCCAAAGUGAUUUGCAAAGGUUGCAAAAUGCAGCGAUACUGCAGCCUUUCCCAUCUCGUGGAGGAUCGUCCAGAGCACCAGCCGAUCUGUCAGGUCCUGAGGGAUCUGCAGAAGUCCAUGAAGAUCGAUCACCCGUUGAAGCUGCUCGGCAAGAUCACCGAUCGCAGGAAGCUUCAGCUCGUCAUUUCGCAGCUAAAGAUGGUCCUGCUGGUCAAGUUGGGAAGACCCCUGUACCAGCGGGAGAAUCAACUAAUCUGCAACCCGGCCGUAUGCGAUGUAUGCUUUAGCACUGGAGCUCUCGAGGACUGUGACGGCUGUGCCGGAGUGGCCUUCUGCUCCGAUGCGCACCAACGUCUAGUCAGGGGCUAUCACACUCCAAAGGAUUGCCAGACUCUGGCUCUGAUUGCAACUCCGUUUCGUCAAUUGAACUGUCUAGUGAAUAUCAGGGACUUCUACCGCAGCUGCCCUCUAAAAGAGUCCCAUCUAAUUAGGGCUUUCACCGAAGCCACCAACAUCAGGAUUAGCGACACACCCUGGACCGAUCUGGAAUCGUACCAGCUAUUCGCUACCUGCUCCUCUUUCAGCGGCAUCGCAAGUCUGUGUCUGGCCUUGUCGCACAUUUCCUGGGUCCCAGAUCCGAAAAAAUCCGUCAUCGUUUACGUGGCAGGAGCCACCGAGGACACCUUGCGGUAUUUCCAGGACAUACACUUGCGUUUCCUGUUCCUGCAGUAUCCAAGCAUUCGUAACUUGGACUUACACUUCAUUGGAAGAACCCUUGGGCACAUCGGACAAGUAGAGAUAAGCUUCAGCGACAAGAACUGUGAACAAACCGUGGUUAAGCACUUUUACCCCCUGACGUUUUCACAAUAUUCCAGCAUUCUAAAUGUGGAUCCCACCUUAUUUCUUAUCCUGCAACCCGAUUUCUUCGGCGCUGGUGAAGUGGCCCAGAGAAUGGCUAGCUUAGUGCAAAAUAAGGUUCCGUUGGACCUUGAAUGGAAGUCUUGCUUGUCAAGUAUUAUUCGAUCCUUUGGUAUUCCCAUUUGCUAUACUUCGGUCUCAAAGGCUCAGGCAAUGGCCGAUUUCGCGGCUAUAAACCAGUCCGCUAAGAAAAACAAUAUUGCCAUCGAGCGAGUGUACAAUAUAAUGGACAAUCCCUAUCGCGAAAUAUUACCACUGCAUAAUCCUGCUCCCGAAGAUACUGAGAAGAUUGUGUAUGCCAAUAACUACCUACAGGUUAUUUUCACCAGCAACAAAAGGCACUAAUACCAAAGACUAUAUGACGAUUAGUUUAGUUCACAGAAUACCUUUGACCAUAUUGACUUACGAUAUUAAGCAGGUGCUCGACACAUUUAGUAAGUUACCUUAUUACUGCUACAAGUAUAAAAUGAUAUGAAUACAAACUAACCAAGGCUGUAGAAUAACUACAAUAAGUUUACAUUAUCGAGAACAGUAUUCAGUUUUGAACGCGGCUUAGAAUCUCACCCUUUAAUUUAAAAGUGUUUAUCCAUUUACAUUUUUGGUAAUUCUUUUAGAAUAAAUUGUUUAACUAGUU